UCGGUCUCGUGCACUGUACCUCCUCAUAUCAGCCUGAGGAACGAACAGGUUCCUAACCUACCGACUCUGAUAUCGGAUACCUCCUUUAGGACGUAGGGUUGCGAUAGCAGUUCCCUGGCCACACUUUGAUUAGCGAUAUUAUCCAGGGCUGCUUGUCCGAGCCUUUGCCGGAAUCUACGUCAUUUGGUCUCUUAUGCUACCCCAUUCUCACUUCCAAGAUAAACCUCUAAUAUUCGUGCUCGACCACUUUGGGCAGUUUAGGACCUACUGCUUGACCUCGUCUCCAGAUGGCUUCACUAGACUCUCACGAGAUAGUCUCACCUCCUCCCCAGCCUAAACCUACUAUCGAACAGCUUCGACAUGUCGUAAACAAUUACCCAAUAAUCGACAAUCACGCUCACAACCUCCUUCUCCCAACUCAUAUAGAUACAGUUCCUUUCGAGUCAAUUACUUCCGAGGCCCAGGGAAGAGCCUUAAGAGAUACAUUCAAAGGCCUCGCUCACCUUCGAGCAGCACGGCAGCUUCGGCAAUUGUAUGAAUGUCCGGAUGAUGCCGACUGGGAAGAAGUACUCGAGCAGCGAACCGAAUGGCUUCGAACUAGUCCAGAAAAGCUGGUUCAAAGAUGCUUUCAGGGCACGUAUGCCUUAUUAAUGGACGAUGGAUUUGGCGAAACCGAAGAAGUGCACCCGUACAGCUGGCAUGACCGAUAUACUCAGGCCCCAACCAAGCGCAUUAUCCGGAUUGAGACUGUCGCCGAAAGGCUUAUGGAAAGUAUUCUCAGAGGCGCAUCAGAGAUCGAUCUUGAGGAAGCAAAUUAUUUGACGGACAUCUGGGUUACAUUUACCGAGGAGUUUGAACGAGAGAUCCAAGAGAACAUCCAGGACUCCAAUGUAGCGGGAUUCAAGUCCAUAAUCUGCUACAGAACCGGACUUGAUGUUGAACCCGAUUACGAACAAGCGGCGCGGGACGUAGGCACUCCAUUUGAGCGGUACGUGGAGCGCUCUGUUCGGAAACGGAAAUUCAGGAUCAAGCGGAAAGCUCUCAACGAUUACUUGGUCUUGAGAACGCUGGAGAUUCUCUCAGAGCGGCUUCCACGCGACGCUGCAUUCUCCAAACCAAUACAAUUUCACACCGGGCUGGGCGAUAACGACAUCAGUCUCUUACAGUCCAAUCCAGCGUACCUCCAACCAUUGAUUGAGAAUUACUCUCGGGUGCCGUUUGUCUUGCUUCAUUCAGCUUACCCUUAUACUCGAGAAGCUGGGUAUCUUGCCACCGUAUACAAACAUGUCUAUCUAGACGUAGGCGAAGUCUUCCCUAUGGUCAGCAGAGACGGCCAGAUGGCAAUACUACGACAUUGUCUGGAAUUGGUGCCUGGUAGUAAGCUUUUGUACUCGACUGACGGACACUACUUUCCGGAGACGUACUGGCUCGCGAACAAGCAAUUCAGGGAGGUGUGGUUAGACCUUCUCGUCGAAUAUGUAACAAAGGAAGACAUCACCCCGCACCAAGCCAUUGCCCUCUCAAAAGACAUUCUCUUCAAUAACUCGAACAACGUCUACGCCCUAAAUUACCAAGUAGACUUCAAAGAUAUGAGUGAGAUUGCCCCUAAAUCUCUGGCCUGGCAUCCUCCUCAAGCUGAUUCAUCGUAUCAGCCCCCUCUGUUCCCUCCACCACCCAAAGCGCCCCAAGUCUAUGAUGUCAGGGUUUUUGAUGAGUUCUUAAAGCUUAAUCCUGGGGUCAAGUUCGUGUAUGUUGAGUGGUUGGAUUUUAUGGCCACUAUCCGAGCGAGGGUUAUUCCCAUUAAGGAGUUUGGAAGGAUGAUAAGAGCUGGGGAGAGGGUUGGAAUUUCGCAAGGGAAUACAGGCACUCUUCAAAACGACUGUAUCACACCAGUCGUUAACCCAGUCGGACAGAUAUAUGUUGAGCCGGAUUUAAGGACACUGCGGCGAACCCAUAAGAAGGACCCUCUCCCUUCCGCUACAGUCCUUUGCUUCUGGCGAGACGACUCCGGGAAGCCUAUUCGCCAAUGUCCCCGAGGAAAUCUCGAAACACUCAUCAACGACCUACAAUUUAACCACGGUACCACUCUCCUCUUCGGCUUCGAAAUCGAAGUUACUUUCCUCUCCCGUAACCCCGAUAACAAAGACAAUCCCUAUACUCCCCUCACUCAAACCCACGCUUGGGGGACCUUAACACCGGAGCAGUGGCUGCAACUCCCACUCCUCGCUGAGAUCGCGACAAGCCUCGAAGAAAUCGGCAUCGACAUUCAACAGUUUCACGCCGAAUCCGGCGCCGGGCAAUAUGAAUUCGUGUUACCACCCCUCCCACCACUCUUCGCCGUCGACACUCUGAUCCAAGCUAGACAAGUCGUUGCACAAAUAGCAGCAACACAUAAUCUCCGAGCUACACUCCAUCCCCAACCAUUCCCCGGCAUUGGGACAGCCGCUCACGCACACAUCUCACUAAACCCGCCCGAAGAAGACCUCCAGUUUUUCGUCGGGGGCGUCCUCAAACACCUCCCCGCUAUCUGCGCCUUCACUAUGCCCGAAUCCGCUAGCUAUGGCCGCGUUGUGGACGACCACUGGACCGGCGGAACGUGGGUAGCAUGGGGCACGCAGAACCGUGAGACACCACUGCGGCGCGUGAAAGAUGGGCGCUGGGAAAUCCGAUGCUUGGAUGGCUUGGCGAACAUGUAUCUCGCGCUGGGUGCGGUCCUCGCUGCAGGCCUACUUGGGUUGAAAGAAGGUGGGCUAGAGUUUCCGGCAAAAGAUAUCCCAGUCAAUCCGUCGACGCUGUCGGCGGAGCAGAGGAUUCCGUACGGAAUUGUGGAGAAGAUGCCGUUGGGGGUGGACGAGGCGUUGGAGCGGCUGGAGAAGGAUGAUGUUUUGCGAGAGAUGCUGGCGGAGGGUUUGGUGAAGGAUUUUGUGGCGAUGAAGAGGAGUGAGCAGAAGAUGUUGGGGGAGAUGGAGGAUGGGGAGAAGACGGUAUGGUUGAUUGAGAGGUAUUGAGUGCCUUCAACGACUUGGGAGAGGGUGUACGGGAAAGAAUAGGGAGCUUUUUGUCCUGCUUCGGUUGGGGCAACUACGUGGCCUAUUAACUGCCUCCAUGGUAAUGUAUCCUUGAUGCUAUGAUGAAUUAUGAAUGAUG